AUGGCUUCAAUUGCGGCAGGUUCGAAUCUGAGAAUUGUGAUGAUCGGAAAAACUGGUGUGGGCAAGAGUGCUACUGGAAACACCAUCCUGGGAGAGAAGCGCUUCAAAUCCCGUCCCUGGUCUGAGUCAGUGACUCAGUUCUGUGAAAAACACGUGAUACGCUGGGAUGACAGAGAAGUUACUGUGGUAGACACACCAGGGAUCCUUGAGACUUCGAAAUCCCCAGAGCUCAUCAGAGAAGAAAUUGUGAAAUGUGUCAAAGUCUCAUGUCCUGGUCCUCAUGUGUUCCUGCUGGUCCUCCAAGUUGGUCGAUUCACCAGGGAAGAGAGAAACUCAGUGGAAGCCCUGCAAGCGCUGUUUGGUCCAGAGGCAAACAAGUACAUGAUCGUGCUGUUUACCCGUCGUGAAGAACUCAAAGACAUAACCAUACAAGAGUAUGUAUAUGAGGGCAGCCCAGACCUCCGACGAGUCAUCCAGAGCUGUGGAGACAGGUUCCAUUUCUUUGACAACACCAACAAAGACAGAAACCAAAUGGUGGAGCUGAUCAAGAAGAUUGAUGACAUGGUUGCUGGAAAUGAUGGGGCACACUACACAGAUGCCAUGUAUGAAGAAGUUCAGGCUGUCGCAGAAAGACAAAAUGUGAACCCAGACAACUUAGGCAAUGACAUGUUUUCAUUUAUGGAGGCAUUGUUGACACGUGUUAAUGAGUUCCUCAGAAUACUUGACAGACUGACUACUGCACUGGGUAUAGGGUAUAGAAUUUGGAACCAGAAUCAAUAA